AUAUAAUGAAUUUAAAUUGGAGUACCUUGAAAAAGAUAUUUAGCACACUCGUUUCUUAUCAGAUGCUUGAUAUACCUCCUGUUUGUAUACAAAGAUGAAACCAGGAAAAGCGAACAGAAGUGUUUUGUCAAUAUCUCGACCAGUUCGAAAUUUCGUUUGUGCAUGAAAGUGACUCUAAACAUCGAGACAAAAGAAAUAUAACUCUGUGUCACGUUUGCUCCCAAAUUCCGUGUACGAAUGAUAACAUUUUCGCGGGAAACAAUCGUAAGAAAUAAAGGCUAUAUAUAGCGACGGGAAAUACAGUUGUAUAAAAAGUAAAGGUUGCGCGGCAAUUUCGCAGAAGUAUGAGUGCGCUUGGAGCGGUCGAUCGAUUCUGAACACCUGCUACGCAUGACGAAUGCUUCGUCGAUAGGCUAAAAUCAGGUUACUAAAACUAGCUCGUAUCGUUUGAAGAUCAGUCGUACCGAUAAGGAACCGUAGAUCGAUUGUGAACAAUUAAAACGUCUAUUGAUUACACUCACUCGUGCGAACGAGUAUCGUGAGGCUGGAAAGGAAGCCGACUGGUAAAGCUAUUUAGUUUGUGGCGUCGCUACAACGUCACGUGUGAGACAUGGAAACAAGAAGUGCCGAAUCUAUGAUCGAAUCGUUUGGCGGGAAGAAAUGGACGUCUAUCGAGAAGUUUUUGGCAAAUUUUGAUUUGCCUAUCGAGGAAAGUACCUUAAAUUACGAAAGUUUUCGCGUGAUUUGCGCUGCUCUGUUUCCACCGGACGAGAUCCAGCAAAACGAUUGGAUGAUUCAGAACAUUUUUCGUUUAUUCGAUUGCGAUCGCGACGGGAUCUUGAAAGGACAAGAAUGGAAAACAUUCUGCGACUGGUUACGGGUGAUGUUCGAACCUGUAAUUGCUCUGCUGAUCGUGGACGUUCAAAAUGAUUUUAUCGACGGAUCUUUAGCCCUUCGUGACUGCGGAUGUAAUCAAGAUGGUGUUGACGUUGUGGAGCCGAUAAAUUAUUUGAUAAAGGAGGGGCAAUUCGAUAAAAUUAUCUAUUCCAGGGACUGGCAUCCUGAGAAUCACAUCAGUUUUUAUGAAAAUUUGCAUUUACGAGAACUACAUCCAGACUCGAAGAUAACAAAGGAAAACGCGAAGCCGUUCGACACAGUGAUGUUCGCCGAUCCUCAUUUGGAACAGAAACUCUGGCCCAAGCAUUGCGUUAUGAACACAAAAGGGUCUGACUUUCAUAAAGCCCUCGUGAUCGCUCCAGGUGCAGAGCAGGUGCGAAAGGGUCAGGAUCCAGAGGUGGACUCAUACUCGGUAUUUUUCGACAACAACUCCAAGAAUACCACACAGCUGCUACCACUCUUGAAGGAAGCUCGCGUCACACAUGUUUUCAUUUGUGGCCUUGCUUACGACGUCUGUGUGAAAUCCACUGCAUUGGAUGGGCUUCGAUUGGGUUAUCCGGUGGCGGUGAUCAACGAUUGUUGCCGUGGCGUCGAUACAGAUGAUAUCGAGGAUACCAAGAAAUUAAUCUCAGAGAAUGGUGGUCUGAUCGUUAACAGUGAGGACGUUCUGUCGCUGGUGAAUGAGAAAAAGCGAAGUGUUAUCAUGAGCCAUCAGUCGGCGAAAAUGAUGACCUCGAUUUCAUUCUCGGAAAGGUCCGUCAACACGUCUGCGGAAUAACACACGGUUAGGCGGGAAAGGUAUUUACAGGGUGUGUCAACGCGAGAACAGUACAGUCGCAAUAGAAUCUUUCUUUGUUUUCUUUUAAAAUUUUUUCCAGCUCUCUUUGUUUUUAAACGAAAGACUAUUUAUUGUUUUAAACUAGACUCAGCACGGUAGCAUACAUCUUCGAACAGUCCAAUAUGGCUGCUUCAAAGAAGAAUGUCCUACUCUACUUAUCGUAUUUCUUUUCAGCGGUUAGUAAUUACCGGAACGUCCUGUAUUUUGAGCGGUCUCUUUGUAGUUUACUCGAGUCAAGUAACUUAGUUAUCGCUUGUAGCGAUUAGUAGUGGUUAGAGAGGCACUAUACUUAAAUAUUCAUUAAGUUUAACAAAUAAAGUUUAUGUGUUCGAUCAGAAUCAUUCGAUUUUGAACAAGGACAUCGGGUAUGGUUAUGUAACGGUAUUUAAGAAGCGUACACGUAAUUUAUAUUCUUAUCUACAUCACAUACAUAUUUUAUAUAUUACAUAUGUUCCUAAGUAUACUGGUCAAAAGAAUCUGGGUAUCACGUUCCUAGGUAAUUUAGGAAAACAAACAAACCUAUACUAAAUAUUUUGAUAUACAUACAUGUCAUGCCGUGGCUCUUGCAGUAUUAAGUACUUUAACUAGCGAUUUAAGUAGGUGAUCCUCUAAUUACUUGGAACAGUGUAUAUUAAAUUAUUACUAAAUUUUUUAUAAGGCACUUUAACGUCGAUGAAGCGUCGUUUACACAUUCCUCUAGAGACUGUGAGCUUCUAGCGAACAAUAAAUAAAAAUGGAAUAAAUAAUAUCGUAAUUAUUUA